AAAUUGCAAAAAGAAGUGGGGACAAGGCUGGAGAAGGAGAGUCAUACGGUAAUCUUAUCUUAUACUCUUAAUCAAUGCAUAUCCGAGCUUUCGCGAUUUUCAUGUCUCCAGCCUAAAAUUGUCCUGGCAAAAUCAAAGGAUAAAAGUUUGUUUGAGUGUUACAUCUACAUUAUAAAUUUCAAAGUUGAAAUAUUCUCUUACAGCUCGACCUAAUCUGCCAAAGGAUUCCACCUCCAAUUUCUAGGAUUUUUCAAAGCCGUUUUAAAAUUUUAGAAUCCCAGAGUUUUGCAACAAAAGAGAAUUUUUGCCUCUCUAGUAAACUGAUUUCAGUUCAGCUACACGCUGUUCGUAGAUUUUGCGAUAAUUAAUCGGCAAGUUUAUCACGGUCUUGCUUACUUAAUUAAUUUUGUCCAGAUUUUACUUGGGACACAUUUGUCGGCGAUGUGUUUCACGAUUUGUCGGCUUUGGCCAAAAUUUGUCAAAAUUUAGUGAUGACGAAAAAAUUGUUUUAAAUAAACAACUUUUUCGUUAGUGCGGGAAGACCCCAUGUUGAACAAUUUUGGUUGAACAGAUAUUGGGAAUUAAGUGGUAGUAAAUGUCCGUUAUAUUGUAUACUGAGACCAAACACCUCAAAAUAAUAAUUUCCCCAGCCAAAGAGGAGGAUGAGGUACCUUAUUACACCGGCAGGAAAGAUUUGGCAGAUAUAGAAGAUGCAAAAGUAGACACUGAAGACAAUGAAAAGACUUUGAUCAAAAGGUAUGGGUUUUUCUGCAAUGACUCAGUUUUUUGCCUUUCCCAUGUUUUUUUUUCUCAUGGAUGCACAGACCAUUGUAAAGAGCAGGGUUGGAGUUGCUAGGAGGUGUUAACUAAUGGCAACUUUUGACAAAGUGCUCUGACUAAAGAACAACCCUCCGGACCUCUUUAUAAAUGACAGUUACUUUCUUUUAUUUUCUUUUCUUUUCAAUCUUUAGUUAAUAAAGUUCAUGCUUAAUAACUGUAAUGCUAUUAAAAAUUUAUUACAUUCGUGCUCAAAUCACUGGUGAUCCUUGCAACCUGAUUGGUUCUCAUUGGCACGAUUUAUUGAUAAAAUGCACUAUUUUUUGCUCUAAAGUGCAUCGAUUUCCCAGCUAAUGAGAAAGCUCCACGAAAGUACAGCAACAAAUUAGAUUUAACCGAUUGUUUUAGGAAAUCAAUCAAAUUGCAGAAAAAAAGAAAGACAACUUUUAUAACAUUUUACACACCAGCUCAGUACUGGAUAAAUAACAUACAUGUAUUUGUACCGGCUUUAAAAAAAAUCUUUAUUCAUUUAGCAACUGAAUUUUGCAAAUUUAAAAUAAAUGUAAUGAAGUGGUAAUUGAACUUUUGCCAUGCACUUUUGGUCUGAAAUCAUACUGGUGAUUUCAAGUCUAAUGCUGCUGCACAAUCCUUUGAUUCAGAUGUCACGCGUAUGAUUUCAGAACAAAGUUUACUCCACCAAGUUCAAUUACCAUGUUCUACAGGUAUUCCAUAAUUUUUUCAGUGUUUCCAUCAAUAAAGGGGUACUUAAUUAUUAACAAAAAUGAUGGUGAAUCAUUUAAAUAAAUGUUUUGAUUUAUGAUUAUAACUUGAGGCUAUUUGAGUCAAGGAAAAGCAAACUAAUGGAAAAGAAAAGAAAAAUAAAGAAAAAUAACAUUUAUUAGAUCUAGUUUUGAAAUUAAGUGUCAAUAUCUAAAUGAGUUUUUCAAACUGCCAGUUUGCCACUUGCAUUUUAAAUACCUUUGUUAUUGCUUACUCCACUUGGGAAAAAUAUCUUAAAAUGCUGGAUAAUUAAUUUCCUCUGUAUUUCAGAGGAAAAAUCGGAGGUAAGGAAGACUCAUGGCACCUGAGGGAAGCUGGUGCCUCUAUCAAACUUUGCAGUGGAGCUGUACAACAACCUGUGCCAUUUGCAUGUAGAUGCUUAUUGUGGAACCCCAGGACCCUCUCCCCCUCCACUGCCAGUGAUGAGAUAUUGGUUAGCAGUGUUAUUGAAAUAUCUCAUGAUGGCCCACCAGAUCUGGAUUACAAGAAAAGUUUUGAAGGAAUAAGUUUUACUGUAUCUUUGAUGCACAAUGCCCCAUAUUUGGAGGGGUAUGAGGUGGUUAUCAAGCAACUGACUGACAAAGAGAACAAUGAAUGGAAGGAAUUAAAGACAGAGAAUACUUGGCAUGGAUCAGGUAACGUUAUGUUUUUAUUAAAUACAGGUGUGAAUAACUUAAUAAUAACUUAAUGAAUGAUCAUGAUAUUCCUAGGCUCCCUUUUUCACUGGCAUCAAUGUCAGCAUUUGAGAAAUGUGCAGCUCCCCCUCUCCUAACCCAAAAUUAAACCCAACUUGUAACCCGAACUUAUCAGUUGACUUAAGGGAGAAGGAGUAGGUGUGCAAUGACUUAGAUGCGGACAUCUAUCCCUGCAAUGCAUGACCUGCUGCACUCAUAAUGUCAAAGUAGACUUCUUGCUUCUUCACAGGCAUUUCAAAUCCAACUUUAGAACUUUUUUUUCGUUUACCCUUUAGGUGUAUCCAAGCAGUACGUGUAAUUAUUGCACAAAUGUUACAUGAAGUCUCCAAUGCAUUUUAAUCACUAUAAUAUAAAUUUUCCUCAAUAACCAUGUUGUUGCAAACUUUAUUCUUUGAAGCAUAAAUAUCAUAAUGACAUCUGUUGGGGGUAACUUUAUUGUUUGAAGACUUCAAAACACAGCUGAAGGAUGCAUUUCCAAUCAUUUAUUUUUAUAUGCAGAAACUUCAACAUUUCCCAAGUGGCUUUUCCCAUUUGCACAAGCUGUUUGUACAAAAUCAGCAGUUUCUUCAUUUGCUGCAGUCUGGCGUCCUAAGUCUUUCACCUUUUCAAGAGGUACUGCAGGAGGCCCGGAAUUGACCUGUAUUGUGCCUGACCUUCCUGAUGUCAGUGUCCAAAUUCCUCAGAGUUGUUUUCCUGUUUAUCAAGAUUUCUGUGUGACAAUAAAGGUGCAUGGAACUAUAAAAUUAUAUACAUGCAUGAGUCCUGCAACUUUUUCAUUUUCCAGUUUUGAAAGCCAUAGGAUUGGCGUGAGGGGAUUGUCAAAAGCAAAGAGAUAAAAAAAAGGUGUUGCAAUAGUAUAACCUGUACCCUCAGUUACUUGCCAUACACUCCAUGAACUUCGUGGCAAUAUUCAUGGAAAGAGAGAUAUUAAUUAACAACUUUAAGCUAAAAUAGAGGACAGUUGGGCUUGUGCUUGCAUGUGUGUGAAGAUACAUGUGACAAAGUUAUAAUCAGCAGUUUUGGUAACUUCGAAUUAUUUGUGGUACUACUGUCCCCAUGUGUACUCAUGGAUCCUGGGCAUUCCCUUUUUAAAACUAGGUUUUGGAAAACUCAUUCUAAGCAACAAACAGACUUUUGCUUCGAUUUAAAUGUCAAAUUGAAGUCAUUCCUGUCAGGUAAAUUGGUUUGUAUUGGUUUGCAAUUAAUGCAAUUAGUGGAUGAAGUUAUGCAUGAUAUCAUGAUGAAUUAGCAAAACCAAGGUCUGAGUUAUCUACGUAAGCCGAAGACAACACAGAGAUAAAAUUUGGUGAGUUAUGACAUCAUGCAAAAACCAAAUUAAAUUAUUGUUUUAUUAUACAUUUUUUAAACAAAUUACGAAAGAAGACAUCUCUUCAAAUUUGCAAAAGUUUAAGAAUACUUCACAGACAGUCAGGGCUUGGAAACUAGGCAGAGGUUGAACUCGACAUGAUAACUGCAAUAUCUGCGGUAGAUAUUGGGUUAUAUGUAAACUUCACUCUUUACUGUAUAUUGAUUGAGUGCUCUUGACCAAUCAGACUUUUUAUAUUAAGUCCAGUGUAUACAUUUUUUCAUAAUAAUGCUUAUAUUACUACAUAAAACUUUGAAAGGACAUUUACAUUGUGUACUAUAAUUUUAGAUAAUUUCAAAAUUUCAUCCUGAAAUUCACUUUCCACAAUGUAAAGCAAAUUAUCUUUAUGCUGGGAGUGGUUUAACAUUCCCAACAACUUGUUUUGCUUUUAAAUCCAGGUACAAGAAUUCCCAAGCAGUGAGCUAAAAGGAGAGGGAGGACUUGUCGGUCCAAUUAUUUACAUUUCAGGCUCUCAAAAUGUUAGUCUCGUCGCGCCUGUAACAAUAAGGAUUCCUCUCACCUUCCGUAAAGAAAAACAAGAGUUGGCAGAGCUACGUCCCGGUGAACUGAGGAUAUUGCAAUGUGAAGCACAUGACUGGCAAGACAUUACAGAUCAAUUAGAUGAACCGCCACGUCUUGUAGAUGGGAAAGUGCAAUUUAAAGUUAGGCAUUUCUCUGGGUAAGUAUUUCUCGUCGGCUUUAUUUGAAAAGUAAUACGCAUGACGUAGAGGAAAUUCAAACGUACUUUGGUGUACAGUCACACAUACAUGGAUUUCUUUUAGUUAACUAUAGAUUCAAUAAUUGAAAUGACCACUCGAGUAAGUAUAUACUCAAGAUUACUGUGCAAUGGCUGAUAAUCGUUUCCAUUGGAUUGCUUGGGCUGUGUUUGAUUUUUCCUUUUCUUUUUCGAUAGAUUCCGUCCAAUCAAGUUGAUGAGAUCACUUUUACAAUCUACUUCGGGCUUCACUGAGUUUGUAGGAAAACUUUGCUAUAGGUCUAGGCCUCAGCAUGCCCGAUUUUUUACUUGCUUGUGUGAGACCGGUGUUCGUGGACAUUUUAAACUCAAACUUUUUUGCUAUCCUCAAAGACUGUAUUAUGAUGUAAUACGGAAAAUAUCGGAAUGUGUCGUACCCUACAAAGACGAAGGCUGCUCUUCUAAACCAGUCUGUGGAGAGGAGAAAAUUUUGGUGUCUCUUUCCGAGGCUAUCAUACCCCAGGGCACAGAUCAGAAAAAUGCCCUGCAGUUUGUGAGGUAUAAUAUAAUACCAUUUAUUUCUGGCCCAUCAAGUACAUAUGAUUUAAUUGAAUACUUCUAGGUUACGUCAUGCUAGUUUUACAUAGAAAUGAUUUAUUCCUUCCAUUGUAAAAUUGUACAUUGUUCAACUGUCAGUGAACCAUUUUUCGCCAUGGCUUUUCUAGGUUUCUUAUCAAUCAAUAGGGCCAUGGAGAUAUACAUGUUGGUUUUGUUUCGGCUUUAUUGUCUUCAAAUGCUCGUUUUUAAAUAUUCAGUAGGGCUCUCGUUAAAUGUGCUGUCAUUUUCGGUUGUAAGAAAAGAUUUCAAAACGUGUGCUUUUCUAGACGAAGACUCGGCUGGUGUACGUUAGGUUUGCCUCAUUUGAAUUCAUUUCAUUUUUAACAGAUUCCACGAGAACAAAGUUUAUUACACAGGUGGUGAAGUUUGCUUAGGAAGUGAGAGUGUUCCAGGAGUGAAGUUUUGCGACCAAAAUCAGGAACUUUUGUGCAACAUUAUCAUGGUAUUAGCGUCUCAAGUAGGUGACAUCUUACGGUUUGUGGAUUUGCUAAUUAAAUGCAUUUUUAGCCCAGAGCUAAUAUAGUACUGAUGCCAACCUUACUACAGUAGAUGACAAUUAAUUAAAAGGAUUAGCAAUGCUUUAACCACAGGCAGCCCAAGCUCCAGUUGUUAGAUGAUCAUCUUGCGAAAUAAGAGUCAUGGCGAAAAUUUUAGUUUAUAUUGGAAUAAUUACGACCGCUCUUAGGAAGUAAAAAUACAGUCAAAUUCUCAAUAGAAAUAUCUCACCUUACUUCCAAAGUGCAUUGCCUGUGGUCAGACCGCUUACUAAGAUGAAAAGAAGCCAUUUUAGCAAGUUCUCCAUUUUUAGGUUUCUUUCUCCUAGGAGUAGUAAAGCUAGUUUCCGAGUAAGAUAAUGAGGACAUUUAAGGCGGCAUGAAAUUUAUUAAGGACGAAUCACUGGAAACAAAACAUUGAGAAACGUCGAAUAGGUAAAGAAAUGUCCUGCCCACAGGAAACAGUAAAUGAACAUGCAGGACCUUGCAAAUUUUUGAUUUUGUGUAUUACUUUUAUUUUUUCAGUUGCUUUAAAGUCACUUUCUAUGCCUCUGCCUUUUUUCUUAAUUAUUUUUCCUUUUUCCCAUUAAUUAGUAAUUUUGUUUAUUUCCUCAUUUCUAUUCACCUCAUACACACCCGUAAUAUUGCAAAUUUUCCCUCCUCCAUUUAGGUUUCUAUUCCUGUCACCCCUGACUUUGAAGAAGGAAGUGGUAAGUUGUUGUUUUUGAUGUAGGUUUCGUUGUUGUUCGAAUAAAUACAAUUUACUAGACCAGUCAUAUUGUUCUAAAAUAUGUGGUUCGAAUCAAUACAAUUUAAUAGACCAGUCAUCUUCUAAAAUAUUUAAAUUCAGAAAUGUAGGUUCUCUGGGUUUUGAAAAUGUAGCUUUUAGUGACAAAUCACGUGUUCUCAACGGAAAGUCAUAGUAACCUUCCUUACUUCAUGUGUUAAUAAAUCGGGCCGUGCCCCCUCACGCUCAACAGUGAUAGCUUAUUGUCUCUGUUAUGCAUCAGUAAACUCAAUGCAGACUACGGUGCGUACGUCCCUCCUUGCAGGGAAUUUGAUGCUGAAAACGAAUAAAGUACAAAACAGCUAGAGAAAGACACAAAGAAGUGUAAUUCCCCAAAAAAUCAUUCCAUUUGCUAUAUCGUUAAAAUAAUGGAGUAACUUUGCAACCUGCUAUUGCUUUUCGAAUGAAAUCUUGAAUCGAAUAUGUUUCUAUAUAACAGCCCCCUUCGUCAAAUUUGUCAAUGGUCGAUGUUUCUUAUAGGAGAAAUCGACAAAACUUACAACUUUAAUUUGUGAACGCUGGGUCUAACCCGGAUGAUCCCAGUCCAGGAUCACCACAUCAACGUUUCCGAACCAUAUGCGCCAUAAAACUUGCAUUAGUUCUCAAUCCAGCCAACUCAUUAACCCCAUUAUUCUGCAGGUAUUUCCUCCCAAAGUGUGAAACAUUCAGUUGUAAAGCGUCCAAAUUCAGAAUCAUUGUCAUGCAGCCCUGUUGCAACUCCUAGGAAGAAGAUACACCAAUCUGCAGGUAGUACCGAGAUUGAAAAUGUCGCGAUGGAUUUUCCUUUUUAAUUGUAUGUUUUUCAAGUUUGCAUGUUGUUGUUACGCGUUUAUGCAUGGUAAAAUUUGUUUAUGCAGAGAGACUGGCAUUAUAUUUAUCAGACAUCCUCUUUACCCACUUAUAUAAGAGAAUAAAAAUUAAGGAAUUAAAAGUGGGCUCUAUCAUUAAUCCAACACCCUUGUAUCUUGAACAACUAUAACUUAUUCCAGCAUUAACGGCUGGAGACUACAGCUGGGAGACGUUAAUUUUUUUUUUGUCUAUGUAUGGAUUGGGGAAAUGGUUCCCCUGCCGCUGCAAAUGUCUCCUCGCCCAAGCUUGACAAUCUCUAGGCAGACGAUUCGGUAUUGAAUGAUACCAAAAAAUGAGAAGUCGCCUUUCGCCACAACUGUUCGCCAUUCGCCAAAGCCUUGAAGCAUCCCUUUUCUAAUUUUUUAUUCUCCCUCUGUUGUUAUCCUCAGGUAUCUAUUUGGUCAAAGAUGGUAAACCAUCAGAUGACAAGUUGCAAUAUCUGUCAAAGGAACUUGCAGGAAAAUGGAAGACAUUAGGAAGACGCCUGGGAUUCAACGAAGCUGCGAUAGAUAACUUUGAUCAAGCUAAUAAGGAGCUGAAAGAGAAGGCUUAUAAAAUGUUAAUGGCUUGGAGUCAAAAAGUAGGCCACGAAGCCACUAACAAAGUUUUGUACGAUGCCUUGUGUCACGAAUUGGUGGAAUGUAAACUUCUAGCAGAGCGGUAUUGUUGCGAUGAGAUUUUAGGAAAUGCCUCUCCUUAG